AUAUCUGAAAAAGUAUAGACUUGAGAUAUUCAAAGUCUUAAUUCAAUUCAAACAUCCCCAAAUCCUUUCCUCAAAUUCUCCACUUUUGCACACACGCCAAUGACCCAAUUACCAAUAACCAAUUUUCCAAUAACUCAAGCUCUCCCAUUUUCAUUCAAAUCUUCAUCAAAUUCAUUCUUAUUUUUCUGGGUUUUUUUGAUUUCUUGUUGAGGAUUCAUGGUGUCAAAGAAUUUUCUUGUUUUGGGAUUCUUUUGCUUGUUUUCCUAUGGCUUUUUAACCACUGGAGCAGUUAAGAAUUUGAAUUUCAAUGAUUCAGGCAUAGAAUUUCCUGAUCAUUCUAGCUUCAAUGCUGUUUCUUCUUCGGUAGAUUCAGAUUGUAGCUUCUCGGAAUCGAAGAGAAAAACUACCUACUUGAAUUUGACGCCGGAAAAUGAAGGGGAUAAUAGAGAUUUUCCGGCGCCGGCCGACCCACAGAAGCAGGCAGUAAAGCUUCAUCUGAAGCACAGAUCAGAUGGGCAAGAAUUUAAUGCCAAAGAUUGUUUAACGGAGUCUACAGCAAAGGAUUUGACUCGAAUUCAGACAUUGCACAAGAGAAUUAUGGAGAAAAAGAACCAGAACACCAUUUCAAGACUAAAGAAAGAUGGUGGUAAACAUUUUUCCACACCGUCGGCGGUUUCGCCUGCAGCCCCGCCGGUAAGUGGGUUCUCCGGUCAGCUGAUGGCUACACUUGAAUCAGGGGUCAGUCUUGGUUCAGGAGAGUACUUCAUUGAUGUCUUUGUGGGUACACCUCCUAAACAUUUCUCUUUAAUUCUUGAUACUGGCAGUGAUCUUAAUUGGAUUCAAUGUGUACCUUGUUAUGAUUGUUUCGAACAAACUGGCCCUUAUUAUGACCCCAAUGAUUCGAUUUCGUUUAGAAAUAUAAGCUGUCGUGAUCCACGGUGUCACCUAGUUUCGUCUCCUGAUCCUCCACAGCAAUGCAAGGCUGAGAAUCAGAGUUGUCCUUACUAUUAUUGGUACGGAGAUAGUUCUAACACAACCGGUGAUUUUGCACUCGAAACUUUCACGGUUAAUCUCACGACACAGAAUGGAAACACGGAGUUUAGGAGAGUCGAAAAUGUGAUGUUUGGAUGUGGUCAUUGGAAUAGAGGCCUAUUUCAUGGUGCUGCUGGAUUGUUAGGGCUUGGAAGGGGGGCACUUUCGUUUUCCUCACAACUUCAGUCUUUUUAUGGUCACUCGUUCUCUUAUUGUCUCGUGGAUCGGAAUAGUAAUGUGAGUGUUAGUAGCAAGUUGAUUUUUGGGGAGGAUAAAGACCUUUUGAGCAACCCCGAAUUGAAUUUCACUUCUUUUGUUGCGGGGAAAGAAAAUCCGGUUGAUACAUUCUACUAUGUCGGGAUAAAGUCGAUUGUGGUCGGAGGAGAAGUGCUAAAUAUACCAUCCGAGAUGUGGGAUUUGUCACCAGAAGGUGCUGGUGGUACCAUUAUUGAUUCUGGGACUACAUUGAGUUACUUUGCAGAUCCGGCUUAUAAGAUUAUUAAAGAGGCUUUUGUAAGGAAGAUCAAGGGAUAUCCGGUUGUAAAGGAUUUUCCGAUACUCAAUCCUUGUUACAAUGUUUCUGGUGUUUCGAAAUUGGAUAUGCCCUCACUCGGGAUUCUGUUUAGUGAUGGAGCAGUAUGGAAUUUCCCAUAUGAGAACUAUUUCAUCAAGCUUGAGCCGGAGGAGGUUGUUUGUUUGGCAAUUUUGGGGACUCCUCGCUCAUCUCUAUCCAUCAUUGGCAACUACCAACAGCAGAAUUUCCACAUAUUGUACGACAUAAAACAGUCGAGACUAGGAUUUGCUCCAAGAAAAUGUGCUGAGAUGUAACGUCGCCUGACUUAUUGUAUAGUUAUGGGGUUGGUGGAGAACUGUAAAAAAUGCUGGGGUCGUGAGGGAUACUUAUCACUGUUUGUUUACAAAAGGAAGUAAAAUGACAGGAUACUGAA